CUCUCUCUCUCUCUCGCUGUGUGGCGAGGGCCACUUUAGGCCACAUAUAUAUAUGUAUAUAUUCCCGACUAUACUCCUAUUGAACUGCUUGCGUUUCAGUCGUAUUUGAAACUUGGCGACGCACAGUUUGGUUUUUCACUUUUUAUUCAGUUUUAGUCUCGCGCUCUGUGGCUCGAUUUUUCACUCUGUGUAUAAUUUUUGCGAAGAAAAACAAACAAACAAGCAACAACGACGACAACAACAACAACAACAACAAUAGCUAUAGCUUUCAUAAGUUCAUAUAAAGCUGAAAUACAUCCAACACUCGCCCAUCGAUACAUAUAGAGUAUAUAUAUUUAUAUCUAGAGUAUAGACAUAUGCGUAGCAUCCAAUCUCUAUCAACUGAAUUGGCCAAGAUUUGAGCUAAAAAUAGCCGCCGGAUAUCGAUAAACAAAUAAUAUAUAAAGCAGACAACAAUUUCUAACAGAAGCCAACGAGAAUUGCGAAUUUGUGCAAAAAGUUCGAAACACUAUAAAAAAUAUCAGCGAAUAUAUAUCGAUAUAUAUACGUAUAUAUAUAUAUAUAAUGCAAUAAUCAGCUUGUGUGCGCCAUUAAUAAGUGACCGAAUUCUAUUGACAUUCAACUAAGAAGAACCAGAAAAUGAUUAUAAAAUGUUUAAGCCUUGCAUUUGGCGUGCUGCUCUUGCAGUUGUCGCUGGCUGUCGAGAGCUUGGAGCAGCAGCAGGAGACGCGACUUGAUCUGCCCCUGUCGCAGUUGCUGUCCGAGUGCGCCGCCAUGCAAGGCGAAUGCGACGAAAGCGAAAUGGAGCCUGUUUGUGGCACAGACGAUCAGACCUAUCCCACACGCUGUCACCUGCUGCGGGUGCAGUGCAGCGGUCAUCAGGUUAGCCUCAAGCAUCGCGGCAAUUGCAAAGGCUGUCUAGUGGCACGUCAGUACGCUAAGCGCGAGCGUGAACGCAAUCCGAAAAUAUUCUUUCCGCGCUGCCGCAACGAUGGCAACUAUGCAGCCGUACAGUGCUUGGGCGACACGGGCUGCUGGUGCAGCGACAGCAGCGGUAAUCCCAUUAAGAACACCUCGACGCGUCGCAGCCGGCCCAAGUGCAGCGCGUACAGGCGCAGCAAUCGUCGUAGAUCGCCUCAGCGUCAGCUCAACUCGGACGGGGAUAGCCGUGAAGCUGGCAACGGACAUCGUCCUUGCAGCAAAACGGAUCGUCAAGCAUUCAAUAGUCAUUUAAUCGAAUUGCUGCGCAGCGAACACGUCAGAUCCGGCCAGACGUUGCCAGCUGGUGGCUUGAGCGAUGCAGCUUUAUUGGAUUGGAAGUUUGCCCAAAUGGAUGGGAAUGCCAAUCAGUUGCUGGACAGGCAAGAAGUGCGUGAGCUCAAGAAGCUUGUCAAGCGGGCGGUUAAGCCCAGACGUUGUGGACGUGCCUUUGGCAAAUAUUGUGAUGUCAACAGAGACGAUAGCCUGUCCCGUCUGGAAUGGAGCAGCUGCCUGACCAAAGAUGCCAGUCAACGUAAACUGUUGACAAGCAGUCCAACGAUCAGCCCCAUUAUAUCGCCCACAAUACCACGUCGCACGCACUAUAACAUACACCAUACAAAUGUAAAUCAAGAUCAUACAAAUACGAAUAAAAUCGGAGGCAAUUCGCGUAUCCAUGAGCUGGGCAAUGGAAGCGAGGAGCGCGACGAUGAUGACUAUACGGGCGAGGCUGAGGACUCGAGCAUGACACAAUAUUCACAUCGCAUAUCGCCAGUUAAUUCACUUGGCAUGCUUUCAAAGGGCAGUAUCGAGUCUAUUCUAAUGGGCCUUUCGUUCACAGUUCUGAUGGACAAAACAGCUGAGACAACGAACAACGACAGCGAAGUCGAUGCCAACUGCUGGACAGAUCGAGCAGUGGCACGCGAAGAGCAGCGCCAUGACGGCAACAGAUCCUUUUAUGUUCCCGAAUGCAUGCCCGAUGGUCGCUAUAAGCGCGUUCAAUGCUAUAGUUCCAUCUGCUGGUGUGUCAACGAGGAGACGGGCAAGAAUAUUCCCGGCACCUUUGGUCAGACGAGACCUCAGUGCGAUGAGGUUAGCGCCGUGCGACCCAUGAAAGGCUGCACAGAGCCACGAAAGACUCAAUUUCUCAAAGAGCUCAAAGGGUUUCUCAAUACACAAAUAUUACCCAGCAGUAAUUCGGGAAACUCGACUAUGUGGAAGUCGGAGGAUGAACGCAUUGCUACGCUGAGCUUCGUUUUUCUGGACAAAAACAAAAACAAAUCGUGGGAGCGUAAGGAAUGGAAGGUCUUUCGUGACCUGGUCACCAGAUCCAGCAAUUUGAGCAAAUGCGGCAAAAAAUUGCCACGCUAUUGUGAUGCGAAUGACGAUAAGAUAAUCUCGUUGUCCGAGUGGUUGAACUGUUUGCAAUCACAACGAGCGGAGAGCACCACCACUGCAAAGCCGGCACAAUCAAACGAGACGGCCACGUCACGGCUCCUGGGAUCCAAUCCGCUGGAGCAAUAUCUUAAAGAUUAGUUUUUUAUAAUGAUGAACGUUGCUUGUUUUUGUGCUGCUACUCAUUAGAUGUCGUGCCAUGCUGCGUGGAAGUGCUUGAAUAUAUUCACUCACUC